AUGGACGGACUGCGCGGCGACAGCAGCGGCGGCGGCGGCGGCGGCGGCGGCGGCGGCGGAGCCCCCGGGCAGUGCCGUAAUUUUCUCUCCUCGCCCGUUUUCGGGGCGGCGCACACGGGCCGAGCGGCCGCCGCCGCCGCUGCCGCCGCCGCCGCCUCGGGGUUCGCCUACGCCGGCGGAGGGGAGCGCUCGGGGGCGGCGGCGAGGCCCGACCCCCCGGCCAAGGACUGCCCGGGCUCCGCCGCGCCGGCCACCGCCCCCGCGCUCGGCUAUGGGUAUCACUUUGGCAAUGGAUACUAUAGCUGCAGGAUGUCCCACGGGGUUGGGAUCCAGCAAAACGCCCUGAAGUCUCCCCCCCAUGCCUCCAUUGGCGGCUUUCCCGUGGAAAAGUACAUGGACGUCUCCAGUCUGACCAGCACGAGUGUCCCCGCCAAUGAAGUCUCCUCCAGGGCGAAGGAAGUGUCCUUCUACCAGGGCUAUACAACCCCCUACCAGCACGUUCCUGGGUACAUAGACAUGGUCUCAACGUUUGGCUCUGGGGAACCGAGACACGAAACAUACAUAUCAAUGGAGGGCUAUCAGUCUUGGACUCUGGCUAAUGGCUGGAAUAGUCAGGUUUACUGUGCCAAAGAUCAGACACAGAGCUCACACUUUUGGAAAUCGUCCUUUCCAGGGGACGUUGCACUAAACCAGCCCGAUAUGUGUGUCUACCGGCGUGGGAGAAAGAAGCGAGUGCCGUACACAAAACUGCAGCUUAAAGAACUCGAGAAUGAAUAUGCCAUUAACAAGUUCAUUAACAAGGACAAGAGGCGAAGGAUAUCCGCAGCCACAAACCUGUCUGAGAGACAAGUUACCAUUUGGUUUCAGAACAGGAGGGUGAAGGAUAAGAAAAUAGUCUCCAAACUGAAAGACAAUGUAUCUUGAUCUAGUAGUUGCGGACAGUGAUGGAUAUAUAAACUCAAUUUACGACCAGC